AUGCUGCGGCCGGCGGGGCUGCUGCCGUUGCUGCUGCUGGGCGCGCUGCGGUCGGCGGCGCUGGAGCCGGUCAGCGUCAGCCUGGCCAUCGGGGCGGCCUCCAUGCUGACCGGCUACCUCUCCUCGCCCCGCUUCUACUGCGCCUUCGUGGAGUGCUGCCCUCCCGACGACCACCGACCCGACCCCGCAGCCCUGCAGCAGGCCCUGGACGAGAGGCUCUUCGGCCAGCACCUGGCCCAAGGGGUCAUCCUGAAGGCGCUGACCGGCUUCAUCAACAACCCCAACCCGAAGAAGCCGCUGGUCCUCUCGCUGCACGGCUGGGCCGGGACGGGCAAAAACUUUGUCAGCCAGAUCAUCGCCGAGAACCUCUACCCAGCCGGGCUCAAGAGCAAAUUUGUGCACCUCUUUCUUUCCACGCUGCAUUUCCCGCACGAGCACCUGGUCCCCCUCUACAAGGACCAGCUGCAGAAAUGGAUCCGAGGCAACGUGAGCAGCUGCGCAAAGUCCCUCUUCAUCUUUGACGAAAUGGACAAGUUGCACCCGGGGUUGAUUGACGCCAUCAAACCCUUCCUGGAUUACUACGAGCAGAUUGACGGCGUGUCGUAUCGGAGAGCCAUCUUCAUUUUCCUCAGUAACGCGGGCGGUGACUUGAUCACGAAAGUCGCGCUAGAUUUUUGGAGGAGCGGCCGAGAGAGGGAAGAGAUCGGGCUGAAAGAUCUGGAAGUGGUCUUGUCCCUGGGGGUUUUCAACAACAGGAACAGCGGCCUGUGGCACAGCAGCCUGAUCGACCGAAACCUCAUCGAUUACUUUGUUCCGUUCCUUCCCCUGGAGUACAAGCACGUCAAGAUGUGCAUCCGGGCAGAGAUGAAAUCCCGCAGCAACCCGAUCAACGAAGAGAUCAUCAACCAGGUGGCUAACGAGAUGACCUUUUUCCCCAAGGACGAGAAGAUUUACUCGGACAAAGGCUGUAAAACCGUGCAGACCAAGCUGGAUUUCUAUUAAGGACCCUGGGGACCUAUGUCUCCUUUUUAAGAGUCCCAAAACCAGGGGAGAAAAUCUAUGCAACGAUUUCUCUUAUUUGUGCACUUUUUUUAAAAAAGCAAAAGAAAAAAGGGCAGUCUCUGGAUAGGCACUUUUUUAAAAGUUUGGGGAGGUUUUUCACAGCCACUGGAAGCUUUGAGGGCAUCGUUCCCUCUUCCCCACAUGUGGGCACCCCAAAAAUAUUGCUCUGGGCAUCUUCCACUGUGCUGCACUUUUUAAUACUCACUAGUGGGAGGUGCAGAAGUUACAGUUCAAUCUACUGGAGGGGGGGUACUGAAGAGAUUUACUCAGUUUGAUUAUUCCUAACAGUCUGGAUGAACUAAACAAGAGUUCUGAGCUGACCUCUAGAACCACUAAGUGUUGUUACGUGAGAUCUGUCUUCUCGUCUCGCCCCAUGUGCACCCCCCAAAAAUUACUUUAUGAGAAUUUCAGGUUAGAGAAAGGUCAAAACCAGAGCGUGCCUUCUUAGGUCAGUAUUGAUGAGUGUUAUGUUGUAGAGAUUGUGUCAGUUCAGGGUAUCUUGUAGGCCAAUUUGAUAAAAUAACUCAUAUGCCUCUUGAGACUAUGCUCAAGAACCCAUUCAAUUCAGGGGGGAAAACUUACUCCUUUAUUUGACAUGCUUUUCUCUGGAUCAAGCUCCUGGUCCUCAUGAGGUUUAUGGAUGGAAAAAUAGCUCAUAAGCCUCUUGAGACCAUGGAGGGGUGCAGUUAUGCUCAAGGACCCAUCCACUAUGGAAAAAAAAAAUUAUAAGCCUUUUCUCUGGCAGUCGUCUUUUUCUCCAGACCAAGUUUCCAGUCCUCGUGAGGAAGAUGAUUUUCUUAUGGAUAGGCUGCCAAGAAUCCAGAUUUUUUUUUAUUUUUUACAGUUGCAUCUUCACUGGUCACUGAUGCGACUUUCUGUGAUUUGCAAGCCUGUUACCUAAAAUCCAACAUCUGCAAACUGGGUGUGCAAUUUACUUAGAUGUUUCACUUUUUUUAACAGAAGCAGCUUUAAAGAAAUGUAUUUUUUAAUGAGUGUUUUAUAUGCAGAACACUAGAGUUAUAAUAUGACUGAAUGCAACUAGGGGAAAAAAGUGAAAUUAUAAUAAAUGAGUGAUGAAGAUGA